AUGCCAAUUUAUUUAAGUAAUGAAAGGAAUGACUUCAGUCAUUUUGACUUAACGAAGUUGAGCAAUCACGUCAUUGGAAAUUUAUCUUUCAUAAAUUCAGUGUUAAGUGAAGCAGUAAUACAGCAACAUCCUUGUUACUUUGCAAUCUCAUCUUUCAGAGAAUUAAUAAAAGAAAAACUUGUAUUUAUUCCAAUAGUUGUCAACUUCUCUCAAAAAUCGCCUGCAGAAGAUGACAACAAACCACAAUCAUUUUCUAUUGAAUUCCAACAUUUCAACUCGCCAGCAUUGUUUAAGAAAAUUACCAAAAAAAAAAGAAGCAAAACUCAAAUCUAA